CCUACUCUUUUCAAAACGCUGUUGAACACCGAAAACGAAUAUCUUAUUGCGCUGCUAUAGCAUCCGUUUUAGCUAGGUUUUGUGUUAUUUUGGCCGCGUCAGUAAAGUCAUCGCAUGUUAGUGCUUUUUCAUUACAGACGGUGUAUUGAUAUAAAUAUUAUCAAGCGAUAAAAAGCGCUAGCACUCUUACAGUACUCAAGUGUUAAAGGCUGUUUGUUGUAUCUACAGCUUCUGCAGAUUCAAACUGUCCCAUACGGUUCCGUACGGCGUGAAGGCGUGUAUUUUCUUGCCCGAACUCAGUCAGUCAAUGAAUAGCGUGCUACUCGCUCGGUCGAAUGGGUUAUAGCUGUUCCAUAUCCUCGUGUGGUGUUCGUUGCCAUUGGCAUUGUUCGUAUUGCAGAAACAAGACAUAAAUUGUACCCCCCCCCCACUCCACUCUCGAUAUUCCUCGCGACCUUCUUGGAGCUCGCGGUUCGUUAUUGUGUUAUACGUGCAGUUAUGACGUUACCAACGUCAUCAGUUACUUAGCGAACUCAUUCUGCCAUUUGUGCUGUGUUUACAACUUUGUACAGGAUCAGCAUGUAGUGGCAUUGGAGCAGCAAUUUGUCUUUUACUAGAUGUUAGGAAAGCACUGGAGAAAGGAACUGUGCAAGGCUGGAUGCAGCUGAUCCUGCUAGAAGUACCUUAAAUUGUGACAGGCCAUUACUAUUUCUAGUAAACAAGCAUACGCCGUACAUAGAGAAAGUUAUCAGAAUUAGCUAUUAUAGGAUGAAUUAUAGUGCGGAGCUCAAUAGGACUAACAGAUGAUAUCCAUAGUACGAAACAAAUAGGAGGAGACUACCUAGCGUUUGAACGUUCACUAGCUUACAUCGAACAACGUCUUGCGUCCGUCGAUCGUUAUCACUUCCCCUAGAACAUUCAUUGUCUCGUUGUCAUCAGAGCGAUUGGAACCGCUAAGUCAAAGAACAGAUGAGAGAAUUGCCCUUGAGCGUUGGUUAUUCCGCAGCACUUAUGAACAUCGUUACUGUCAACGUGAGCUGCGUGUUGUCAUCUGGACAAGCAUCACAAACUGGCACUAUAUCGUGUUUACCGCAAUCGAUAACAACAGCAUGAGUUGCCGUUGCCAACAAGCGCUCGGUGGAAAAUAACCAAUGAACAAACGAGUUUGGACUAAUGAUUUUGGAGCUGUGCCUUUCUUGCAGUAGUUGAUGGCGGACAGAGUAGUCGCGGUGGUGGCUGGCAUACGGAAGUGUCUAUAAACGUGCAGCCAGCGUUUCGCCAGACGUAACCCAUAGGAGGAUAAGGCAUGCUUAUACAUGCCCACGUAUGUUAGGUGCAGUGCGCUGUAAACUGAAAACCCGAAUGAUUACGAAAAACAGCUAUUGAAUCGGAGAAAUUGAAAAUAACACAGGUGGCCGUCAGCAACAUUUGUGCCGGCUUGGUAAGCAAAUUAUACUGUAGAGCGGAUUGAAGUUUGUGCGCCGAAAGCGGUUAUUAUAUAUUCCUGAGUAGUUUUUGUAGCUGACGACGGUCCACAAGAUGAAUGCGACAGGAAGAAGAGGCAUUAAUUUGUUGAGGCUUUCUAGCCCAGCGAAGCUGACUGCCUCACGCGGUCAUGUCCCGAAAACUGGCAUAAUACGGAGAAGCAAACACGUAUGGACUACAAUCGCGGCUCAAUCGAUUCAUACGUCUACUGUGUCGCAUUCGUUGUCAUCUCUUACCGACUGUGAAAAAAAAUGUACGAAACCAUUGUCCUAUCACUGCGAGCUAGGCACGGAGCCACUAGUAAACUGGACCUUUGCGAAAUGUAUUGACCAGGCGGCGGCAAUGGCCGUCGAUGAGCAAGCAUAUGUGUUCGUCGAAGAGGGAAAAGAGUUUACUUUUGGCGAGUAUAAGUAUACUGUCGACCAGUGCGCGAAGGGUCUUCUUAGCAUGGGUUUUAGGAAGGGAGACUCGCUCAUGAUCUUUUGCCCAAACACGACCUCUUGGUGGAUUAUCUUCUCGGCAUGCGCGAGAAUUGGCGUGAUGAGUGCGUCCGUUCAUCCGGGCUAUUCAAAGCAAGAGUUUUUCAAUGCUAUGGAUAAGGUGAAAGCUAAGGCCAUAUUCAUACCGGAAAAAUUCAAAACGCUACAUUUUUAUCAGAAUCUAUGUAAAUGGAUCCCCGAAAUCACAACAUCGGCUCCAGGUCAAGUGUGCUCUAAGCAACAUCCUAACCUAACCAUGGUCAUCUGCGACGCGAAUCGCCCGCUGCCCGGUACCGUACACGUGAGCGAGGUUUUCGCUGGUGGUAACGCUAAUCUUCAGGCUGUCGAAGCAGAGAUGUGUUGUGAUGAUCCGCUGACGGUCAUUUUUACUUCGGGCACAACAGGUGCAGCGAAAGCGGCGUGCCUUACCCAUCAUAGCUUCAUCAACAAUGUCCGGAUUGCACAUAGAAAUUUAACUGCGGGAGAUACCGAAGCGAGCACCAAACUUCUCUGCCCUUUACCAUUCUUCCAUGUAUUUGGGCUCCUGAAUAUGUUUCAUCCUUUAAUUAGUCACACACCGACAAUAGUUCCAGCGGUGGGUUACGAUCAGCUGCAGACGAUGAAAGCCAUUCACGAGUAUCGAUGUACUCAGAUGUCCGGCUCGCCAACAAUGUACAUCGAUUUGUUGAACCACCCUGAGCGUUCAAAGUACGAUUUGUCGUCUAUGAAACGUUGCAUAAUGGGCGGUGCAAUCUGUACACCCGAGAUUCGUCAGCAAGUUGAAGAGAACUUUGGAAACGAGACGAUGGCACUUAUUGGAUAUGGUUCGACUGAAACGAGCACUGUAGCAACCAGUAUUAAGCCGACAGAUCCGCCAAAGAAGCGACUGCAGACCGUGGGCAAGCCAAUUGCCCACACAGAGAUAAAAAUUGCCAACCCCGAGACGGGUGUUGAGCUUCCGUGUGGAGAAACCGGGGAAAUAUGGAUACGUGGAUUCAACAUCUUCAGUGGCUAUAUUGACGAAGAGGCCAAAACUAAAGAGGUGCUGACCUCAACGAGAUGGUAUCGAUCCGGCGAUAUCGGAACAAUGGACAGUGAAGGCUUCAUCUAUGUUGUUGGACGACUAAAGGACCUGAUUAUUCGCGGUGGUGAAAAUGUCCACCCCAUCGAUAUAGAGAUUGAAUUGGAUGCCCAUCCAGCUGUCGAGCAGUCCCAAGUAGUCGGCGUUCCCGACAAGCGUAUGGGUGAAGAAAUCUGCGCUUUCGUUAGCCUUAAAGAAAAUAAGAAUGCCACCGCGGAAGAACUUCGCGACUUCCUUAAAGGAAAAAUCGCCUACUUUAAAAUUCCGAAAUAUUUCCUCUUUGAACAUGACUUACCCAAGACUGCCAUUGGUAAGGUACAAAAGCAUAAACUUCGUGAGAAGGCAAUUGAAGAGCUCGGAUUGUAGAUAAGCUCGGAUAAUGUGGAAAAUAAAUUUUGGAAAGCGUUUUGGUUGAGGCAAGAACUAAUUAACGGUUUGUUGAAGCAUCACCAUCCAUAAAUGACAACGCCAUUCAUAUAAUGAACUACUAAAUCUUUCAAUUAGUUAAGGAUUACGGACAAAGGAUAAUCGUCUAUGCCGUGCGCAAUUUUAGCCCCCCAAAUUAUCCGCUCCAUUAAUCUGCGUCAAAAACUGUUUGGAGUAUUUCUGUUACAGCACGUUUCAACAAAACGUUACCGGCGAUCUUCAGUAAAACUAAGCUAAACGUUAAGGAUCCGACCUCUGUUGCGAGAUUUUCGUUCCUGUUUACGUACUCAUAGAAACGAACCACGCUAGGACAGUGGAUGCUCAUCAUAAACCAGAUCCCUUCGCCGUAAAAAUGUAUUAAUUUACUUCGCACGGAAAAUUUAGGAUUUUUAACUAUACACCUCAGUUGAUGAAGCUGAAUAUUUGUUGAGCACGUUUUUGUAUCAUAUUUUUGUACAUGAGGAUCUUUUUACUGUCUGCGUAUAUUAAUAACAUAAUAUCAAGUUUACAACUAAUUGCAGUCAACAUACAAUCUGCAGAUUGGUUUGGUGUUGAGGUAAAAAUAGAAAUAAAGGCUAAAAAGGUG